UUGUUUUCCAAAAAAAAAAAACAAUGCAAUGUUUACGUGGGAGCAUCCGAUUGGUCCUGAGACAAAAAAAAACAUAUGCAGCUCAAACAACGUUGAUUUGAAAUCAAUUCGGUUUUACUCAAAUGGGUCUCUUUUUGGUGUACCCAAAUUUGCUGGGAGCUCAAAUGGGUCUUCAAAAGUUUCCACAUUUGGUAAGUUCUAGGGCUGGUUUGUUCCAAUGGCCAGCUGUGCUACCUCGUUUUACCAGCAGAGGCAUUACAACGUUUGGAAAUCCUGUUGAAUCAGUGUCUCAGGAUUAUUCUUCAUCUGUCUCUGAUCUGGCUCCCCGCAUUAAAUUUAAGAGGCUUGAUAAAACUGCCAAGAACAUAAUGCAGAUAUUAGAUAAGGAAGAUGUAGAGGAAGUGAGGAUGAUGAGAGAAAUACCUGAUAUAAAGCCUGGUUAUAUUGUGCAACUCAAAGUGGAAGUACCUGAGAACAAGCGACGCGUUUCAAUUCUGAAAGGCAUUGUCAUAGCAAGGCGUACUGCUGGUUUAAACACUACAUUCAGAAUUAGGAGACUUGUGGCUGGGGUUGGAGUUGAGUCUCUCUUCCUACUGUAAGUAUUUUGGAGUUCCUGAAACUUCAAUUUGCAUUUGACUUGCUGCUUUAAACUGGAAAAGAAACUUUUGAUGGCCUGGCAGAAGCAAUCAGAUACUACUCAACUCUCAUUAUAAAGGAUUUGACAAUAACAUAACCUUCCAGAGAAACAUGCCAAUGAGCCAUAGCUCAACUGGUACUUAUCGUCAAAUAAAUGGACGUGAGAAAAAGACUGGUGGUGCUUAUCUUUUGACAAAUCUUACAUGCAGUUCUGUUGCAACAGUAUGAAAUGGACUCACAUGGGCUUGCUGUGGACAAAAAUAUACAAGGAAAUUCCGUUUAGGUCAAAAUUAUCAUUAUUGUUUGGUUCUGAUGCUUUGUGGACUCAGUAUUAAAAUUGCAAAAGAGACUUGGCCCAGAUGUUCAUAUUUUGAGGUUUUACUUGCUUCUAUGUUUUCUUAGAAGAAUCAAAUAAUUAUUUGGUAUACUUAUACUGAGCAAUAUAACUGAUUUUUUUUUUUUCUUUCCUUUUUCUUUUGUUAUUAAUACCUAUGUGAGGUGUGUUCCCUUUUUCAGUAGUGAAGUUGUCACAUGUCUGUGGUUGUUAGUGAUCCUCAUUGUUUGUUUUAAGUUGAUAACUUGUGAAUCUGCAUAAUGGCCAAAGGAUUGGGUAAUGCAUGACAGGUAGGUGAUAAAGGUGCUGGAUAAGAAGAAAGUAAGGAGGGCCAAGCUUUACUAUCUCAGGGACAAAAUGAACGCGCUUAAGAAGCAAUAGAAGCUUGGUGACUAGUGGAAGAUCAACAAUUUUUUUGCAAAAAAAGAAAAAAAGUAAUGGGGUUGGCUCCCAAUGGCAAAAGAUCUCUUUUAACUCUUUGUGAUUUUGUUUUCUAUUUUUGAGUCGGGCUUAUUUUUAAGAUCUCUCUAAAAUGUUUAGGUGGGUGGAAGAGAUGAGGAUUCCAAAAGCGUUCUGGGAAAUUUGCCAAAUUUGUUAUCUUUGAGAUGUUCACAGCUUAUGCUGAGGUUAAGAAAUGUUACGAAAGUGAUUGUUGGUUUAUUUAUUGUUACACAAGUAGAUGUUCUUUAAUAGGGACUCUGCAUCUUUUUAAUGCAUGCAGUAUUUGUGUUUUCUAUAACAAAUAUUAAAUGGGCUUGUGUCAUCUACUUGUUUCUGUUGGAUCUGUUGUAUUAUUGGUGGAUAUUCAUAGAUAUGAUUAUGGGGGAAUAGCAAAAAAUUGAUCUGA